UCUUCAUCUAAAGCUUCAAGGAUAGCAUCUUCAUAUAUCCUAAACAAUGGCCCAGAUUCUUUACCUGUGCUUUCUAUUAGCAGUAGCAAAUAUUCUUCUGGGUCUAGCCAUGGCUACAACAAACAAACCCCAAAACACCUUCCAAUCUAUUUCAGCACCAUGUUCAAAUGCUCCUUCUCAGAGUCCCUCUAUUGGAAGGAAACUUGGUAGGCACCAUAGUCCUACUCCUAGUCCCUCUAUAGCUCCAAAGAGUGAAGAAAAGGGGCAUUCUAGUUCUGAAGGAAGUAUUACCAAUUAUCAUCAGAGAGCUUCUGUUGAAGCAGGUGGUGAAGUUUUGGGUUCUAAGGGUCAAGUUCACUUGUUAAGUCACCACCACCACUCAUUUGACAGGUCAAUAGCAGGGGGAGGAGUUAUUCUUGGAGGGCUUGCCACCACUUUCUUUGUGGCGGUUUUCUGCUAUAUCAGAGCUACCAGAAGGCAUGAGUUUGAGACCAAUUCCGAGUGCUCACAUUAAAGCCUUUAUUGGUUUCUUAUACUCUUCUGUCUCACUUUCUCUUGUUGUACACAUUGCUUAGUGUAAAGGAAAUGAAAUUAGUGAAUAGAUAACGUUUCAAGCUACAGUUGUUCAGAUGAAAAUAAGGAACAUUUUUAACAAUUAUUUAGACACUCUUUGUAACUGUAAUAGAAGUUGAACUUAUUACCAAUUUUUUCAAAUUUGGAUUAUAAGUAGUCAAAGAAAUCAUAAAUUCACGCAAUUGUAUAAGAUGAGUCAUUCAAUUAAGAUCGGACAAUUCAAAUCUUAAGCUGAUUUCCACCAACCAAUCUUGAUGAAGUAUAUAAGCCGACUCAUCUUAAACUAACAAUGCAAAUUUCUUGCCAAUAUGAAUGUAGGAUCAUCUUGACUACAAUAAUCAA